AUGUUGCACAUCAUCUUGCAGCACACCAACGCCCAUGGCGCAAUGAAAAGAGGACGGGAGUGGGUGAACGUGGCAUUGAUGGAGCUACAUUCCGUCCCGGGUCUCCUGCUGUACCUCGGGGUGACAAAAUCGGGGCACGAAAGAGUGCGUUCUUUCUGGCAGCAAGGAUUUUUCAGCAGACCACUAUGCCUGGCCACCAUGAGCGGUACCCGAUUCCAGGAUAUUCUUGCAAUGUUGUGUUUCGAUGACAGGAAGACUCGCUCACAGAGAAAAGUCUCGGACAAGUUUGCUCCCAUCAGAGAAAUCUUUGAUAUGUUCGCUCAGGCCUGUCGCCGAUACUUCAGCCCCUCGGAAAGUGUGACUAUCGAUGAGCAGCUUGUUGCAUUUCGAGGCAAGUGCUCCUUCAAGCAGUACAUGCCGAAAAGCCAGCAAAAUAUGGAUUGA